UUAUCUAAUGGUCUACAUCGACUGACUGAUCCCGAAGCGUCGCUAGGUACCUUCUUACUUCCUUCGAUCCCGUUAAAUAGGCCAGCAUUCGUUACUGGGCUUCUACUCCACAAAACGAGUUAGGUCGCACCAGGUUGGUCGGGCCGUGAAUCGCUUAUAUGGGCAUAGAGUUUCAGCCCUUUAUAGUUCUCGUCCAGAAUCCACGGAGCUUAUCGCUAGCGGUAAAAAAAAGAAGAGUAGCCCUCGUCCGUUCUUCUCGUUUCCUCUUUGUUCUGGUCACGCCGCCGGGGGAUAGGCCACCUACCGAUCGAAAACCAGCAAGGCGAUUCAACCCCGAAGAAACAGUGAGGCAAAGCGACGGCGCCGACAAGGUUUGGAUGGCGGGAAGGCUGCGGAGUGGACUCCUUCCAUACGGACCUAGGAUUCUUCGAUCCGCCGGUAGACCCGGCCCAUCAUCAGAGAAAUGCCUCUCCUUCCGUUUGUGUGGGCGGCAUCGUGAUCACAGUGCGCGAACUGAAACCGUCAGCACCCUAAUCACGGUGGGAUUGCCGUCCUCUUUCCUGUUGGAUUUUAAUUCAGGAACUGUUGAUAGGGAGUGUCUGAUCUUCAUCUGCGACCAUGGCUGCUGGACAGGUGCUCUCCUUUAUGCAAUUUUAGCUCCGUAUCAUAUUGUUUCCACACCCAUUUUCAUCAUAUUUAUGUCAGGGGGUACUAAUACAACUACAGAAAAGUACCAUAUGCGUCGCUAUUUGUUGUUCUCGAGGAAGAAUGGCAAGCUGAAGAAGCCAGAUGCUAUGGGGUAGAAACGUACACAAUGUUUGCACCUCCUCAGCAGAGUAGCAAUGUGGAAUCACCGUUUUCCACUUUGGUAUACCGUUAUGAUCUGUAAUGGUGUAUAGAAUACAUGUAUUUUAAGUAUGUGUCCUCUAUGUUGUAUAUGGUCUGUCCAGCCUAAACACUAACAAUUCAGUGAUUGUUGUCAUCCAAGCAGACUAAGCUUUAUUA